CAAAGAGUUGCAGAGAGAGAUAGAGAGAGAGAGAGAGAGAGUUUGUAUCUAUUCAUGGUUUCUUUUCAAUCACCAGUUUCUCCGAAUCAAAGAAAAAUGAUUCCUCAGUUUGAGAAUUCAUCAAAGAAGAGGAGAUGGGAAGAGACAGAAGAAGCCAAAGAGGAUCUCGAUAAUCAUUCAAAAACACCCUCAAAGGAGUUAGGCAUUGAGCUCCACCUGGAACAGAAGCCCUUGCCUUUGGAGUGGCAACGAUGCCUCGAUAUCCAGUCUGGGGAGAUACACUUCUACAACACUAGGACCCAGAAAAGAACCUCAGAGGAUCCAAGACAAAACCCAGAUGAAAAUGGUUCAAGUAGUCCCAAACAUAUGAGCUUAGACUUGGAACUCAACCUCCCAAACGAAUCAUCAUCAUUCAAGACCCAUACUUCAGAUCAUAAUUGGGCCAAACAAGAACCGGUUCGUAGAUCGAUGGGUUCGGAACUAUCCUUGGAGCCGGACCAGUCAGAGAUGGUGGCAACAGUGUGUCACCGGUGUCAUAUGUUGGUUAUGUUAUGCAAGUCGUCACCUGCAUGCCCUAGCUGCAAGUUCAUGCACCCACCAGACCAAGGCACUCCAACUCUAUUCAAAAGGCAUAGGAUCUUGUGUUGUAAGCAGGACUAAGGAUUAUUAAUGUUGGUUUUUCCAACUC